AUGGGCAGCCAACAGUCAACGCCUUCCAGUCCACAUGAGAAGGCAGUUCUGGAACACCUUGGCAACAUGCAGAUUGAGGACCGCGAUAACGCCCCAGCCGGUCACGAUGCUGAGAAAGCUGCAUUUUCGCAACUCUCACGCCGAGCAGAGGGGCUCUCCAUUGAAGUCUUGCAGUCAUGGCAGAACAAGGCUCUCAAGGACCCCAAGAACAGACUUGCACUCACCGCUCUCAGCAGCGCGGACCCAAGGAAGGUCCUCACCUCGCUCCCCACUGAACUCGCAGACCAGCAGAUCUACAAUGUCAAGAUCCCGUUUGAGGGUGGCCCCAUCACGAACCAGCGCUCGAGUGGGCGAUGCUGGCUUUUUGCCUCUACCAAUGUCUUUCGCGUAGCCCUCAUGAAGCGCUAUAACCUUGAAAGUUUUGAGCUCUCUCAGUCCUACUUGUACUUCUGGGAUAAGCUCGAGAAAUCCAACUGGUUCCUUGAACAGAUCAUCGAUACGGCUGGAGAGGACCUUGAGGGUCGUCUUGUCCAGCGACUUCUUGGUGACCUUGUUUCGGAUGGUGGCCAGUGGGAUAUGGUGUACAAUCUCGUUGAUAAGUACGGUUUGGUUCCCCAGUCCCUUUACCCAGACAGCUGGAACGCGAUGCACUCUGGUAUUCUCAACAACAUCCUCAAAACAAAACUGCGAGAAUUCGCUCUCAAGUUGCGCCAGCUGGCCCGUAGCUCGGAAGGGGUCUCAGCCCAAACUAUCUCCUCCGCCAAGGCCGAAAUGAUGAAGGAGGUUACCCUCAUCUUGACGUUGCUGCUCGGUCCCCCCCCAUCUUCACAGCAGACCUUCACUUGGCAAUACCAGGACAAGGACGGCAAGUCGCAUGAGCUUGAAACAACCCCCAAGGCUUUUGCCAGAGACAUUUCCAGCUCUGAGCUGCGCAUCAACUCUGCGGCCAUCGAAGGAAUGAUUUCCCUAGUCCACGACCCUCGUCAUCGCCCCAACACUCUCCUCACUGUUGACAGGCUAGGAAACAUUGUGGGCGGACGUGCCAUCAGUUAUGUCAAUGUCGAUAUUGGCACGCUCAAGUCUGCUUGCAUCAAGAUGCUGAAGGCAGGCCUCCCCAUCUUCUUUGGCAGCGACGUUGGCAAGUUUAGUGACUCCACCUCUGGAAUCAUGGAUUUGGACCUGUUUGAUUAUGAUCUGGGAUUCAACACGAGCUUGCUGGGCAUGACGAAGGCGCAGCGCUUGAUGACAGGCGAGAGUCAGAUGACCCACGCCAUGGUUUUGACGGCGGUCCAUCUUGAUGAAAAGACGGGCAAGCCAGUCCGAUGGAGGGUACAGAAUAGCUGGGGAACCACCGCUGGCGACAAGGGCUGGUUUGUUAUGAGCGAUGCCUGGAUGGAUGAGUUUGUUUAUCAGGCGGUUAUUGACCCUAGGGUUUUGAGCAAGACUAUCAAGGAUAUUUUGAAGCAAGAGCCGACAGUCUUGCCGCUAUGGGACCCCAUGGGGGCGCUGGCGUAA